CAAACAAGCCCCUAUCAUAAUCAAAAAAAAAAAACCUCCUCUCCGUGUCGCUUGCCGGACAACCAACAUCACCACUCCGGCGGUCCUCAUCCUCUGCCGCCGCCCGAUCGAUCGAUCGCGAUCCCGUCACCAGGUUCUCUUUCGUCUCCAAAACCCCCUUGUCCUGACGAUCGAUCUUUGGCUCCGGCACUCCAAGAUCCGGAUCAAGGUUCCAAGGUUUUUAAACUUAGAUCUGUGGGAGUCUUGGAAUGCCCUCCAUCGAAUGGUGGCCGCCAAGCUAGUUUCGAUCUCGUCUUCGAAUUGGAAAAUCUGUGUUUCUUGAUUGAUUGCGAUGGCUGGUCGAGCUCAGAUUCGAACCAAUAACUCGGCCCUUAUUGCUAUGAUUGCUGAUGAGGACACUGUAACUGGCUUUUUGCUUGCUGGAGUUGGCAAUGUUGAUUUGAGAAGAAAAACAAACUACCUCAUCGUCGACUCAAAAACAACUGUGAAAACAAUUGAGGAUGCUUUUAAAGAGUUUACCACCAAAGAAGACGUUGCCAUAGUGCUGAUCAGCCAAUAUGUUGCAAAUAUGAUAAGAUUUCUGGUGGAUAGCUACAACAAACCCGUUCCUGCAAUUUUAGAGAUUCCCUCAAAAGAUCACCCGUAUGAUCCAACACAUGAUUCUGUUCUUUCCCGUGUGCGGUACUUGUUCUCAUCGGAAUCAGUGGCAUCAGGAAGGCGCUGAAAUGUCUAUUUUGCAUUACUGUGUUGGGCAUUUUUUUAUUUAAAAAGCUUAUGUAUCCCCCUUUCUUAAAUGAAGAAAAGCGUAUGUCCUGCCAUGGAGAUGAUUGUAGCAGCGUUUAAAUAAAAUCUUGUCAUAGAUGCUCAAAAACCCGUUGGAAUAAGCAGUGCUCAAGGUUUCAGUUGGAUGCUUGAUAUCUUUUAAUAUAUUAUUCUCUAAU